ACAAAUCGAUCAAACUCAUUUCAAUCAACUUCAUCAAGAUGAGUCGUUCAUAUGAUAGAGCUCUUACCGUCUUCUCACCUGAUGGUCACUUGUUUCAGGUAGAAUAUGCAGUCGAAGCUGUUCAAAAAGGAACCUGCGCGGUCGGUGUACGCGGAAAGUCGUGUGCAAUUCUAGGGGUAGAGAAGAAAUCAGUUUUACAACUACAAGAUCCACGAACGGUACGAAAAGUGGCCAUGUUGGACGAUCAUGUCUGUCUUGCAUUUGCUGGAUUGACAGCGGAUGCUCGAAUCUUGAUUGAUAAGGCUAGAGUAGAAUGUCAGUCUCAUCGAUUGAAUGUUGAGGACCCGGUGACAGUAGAGUAUAUCACUCGUCACAUUGCUCAGAUCCAACAGAGGUACACGCAGUCUGGUGGUGUUCGACCUUUUGGAAUCUCAACUCUUAUUAUCGGAUUUGAUCCACAUGAAACUGCUCCUAAGCUUUACUCAACUGAACCCAGUGGAGUGUUCUCACUUUGGAAGGCCAAUGCGAUCGGAAGGUCCUCCAAGACCGUCAAGGAGUUUUUGGAGAAACAUUGGGCUGAAGAUCUUAGUACAGAGGAAGCUAUCAAGCUCACUGUUCGAUCUUUACUCGAAGUGGUUCAAACUGGAGCAAAGAAUAUCGAACUGAGCGUGAUGGACGGUUUCGGAUCAUUCAGGCAAUUAACUUUGACGGAAUUGGAAGCUGUGGUGACGGAGAUUGAAAAAGAAAAGGAAGUUGAACAACAACGACUAAGGGAUCGGAGAGCUGCUACGGCUGCUAGCCAAGCUGCUAUGGGAAGGAGAGUGGGAGAUGCUUAAUGUGAGCUUGUAUGAAAGAAAUUGUGUGAUUAAGUUUGUUGUGGGUGUGGUAUCCUACCGUAAAAUCAGGUGACAAAACAAAACAUAUACAUCAAGAAGAUCACCCGCCAAGAUGCUUUGCGCGUAAUUGAUUGCGCAUAAUAUCAACUCUGUACUUAUACAAAAUAUAUAAAGGUAAGUUUCAAAGAUGAAAACCCGUCUCUUGGUGUUAGUCUU